CUCAGCCAAACAGCUCCUAUAAGCAUUAUCUAGUUUGAAACAAUACUUACACAUAAAAAAAUCACCAAGAUCUGAUCAAAAUCAACCCCUAAAAAAUGUCUUGUUUGGCACUUUCUCUUCAACCCACAAAUGGACCCGACAUUUUACUCCAAACCCGUGAAUGGUUUCCACCAUCUCGUGCCUUAAUGGCACUUUCAGCUUUUCGCCAAACACGCCUUUCAUUUUCCAAAUUACCUACAUCUGACUCAACUUCGGAUCCUUCUAUGUCACUUGGUGAUGACCCGCUUGCUGCUAGUUCGGGUCAAGUUAUUGUUGGUGUUGAAUCCAGGUAUCGGGUCGUAUACCGCCUUGUUAACUCAAUUUAUGUGCUUGCUAUUACCACUGCUGAUGAUAAUAAUGAUAAAGAUAUGGUUGUUAAUAAUGUGUUUGAGUGUAUUAGUAUUGUGAAUCAAGCUGUUAGUGUGGUUGUUACUGCGUGUCGUGGUGUAGAUGUGACACCGGAGAAGUUAGCUAAGAAAUACGCGGAGAUUUAUAUGGCGUUGGAUAUUGUGUUGAGAGGGGUUAGUAAUAUUAGGUUGGCGGCUAUGUUGGCGUCUAUGCACGGGGAGAGUAUAGCGAAAAUGGUACAUUCGGCUAUUCAUACGGAGAAUAAGAUUAGGGGAGGUGAUAGUUGGGUUAAUGUGGAGGCACAUUCGUUGGAACAAGAAGGCGGAUUGGAGACGUUUUCGAAAUUUUUGUUUGAGUUGCCUCAAGAGACGUUGGAGGCGGGUGAUGAGGUGGCGGCCACGUUGGCGAUUAUUACGGGUGGAGAAAAAGAGGAGGAGAAAGUCGAGGAGAUUGAGGUGGAGAAAGAUCCCUUUGCAGCAAGCGAUAAGAUUAAUCAGCCAGAGUCUUUGGUUGGUGAUUUUAAGAAGGAUAAAGGUAAGGAUAGUUCGGAUGUUACAAAGGCAUUGGCAGGGCUUGACGUGACUACUUUGCCGCCUGCUGCAGCUAGCCAGUCAACACACAUCGGGGUGGAAGGGUUUGAAGGGGAUUAUGGUGGGAUAGAGUUUAGUCAUGAAGGAUCAACACUGCCAGAAGAUUUUGAAGGGAUUAAUGAUGCUUGGGGUGGUGGAUUAGAUGCUUCUGAGUAUGUGGGAACGAAAAAGGUGAAGAAAGAUCAGGGACUCGGUGGGCUUGAAUUACUCGAGACCAGUGAACCACCAAAAGUUGCAGCUGGAGCUACUGCUGAGGGUGGUGCUGGCAAGAAUCUUGAGGAUAUUUUGAUGAAGAAAAUGAAUGGUCCAGAAAUGUUCAUUACUGAGGAGAUCAGUGCUGAGUUCAGGGAAUCGUUGCUUGCUAGAGUUGGUUUGAUGGGCAUUGUUUACUUAAAAACUCUGCCUCCAAAGUCUUCUGAUGAUAAUAAGGAAACUGAGUUUUCAUUCAAGGUUGAAGACACCGCUGCUGUUAAGAGGUUUGUCAUGCAAAAUUCUCGUGUGAGCAGCCUUGGGAAUGGUCUAUUUCAUGUGAAGACAUCACCGUCAAAUGAGCCUAUACCGAUUAUUAAGUACAGUUUGCUACCACGUUUAACUCCAUUGCCUUUGAGGAUUCGACUUGUUAAGCGUCUUAGUGGGACAUUACUUUCUGUAAUGCUGCAGUAUGUUGCAAAUCCUGAUAUUCCGGUUCCAUUAACCAAUGUGACCUUUGUCCUGAAAUUACCAGUGGACCCAACAUUAUUGAAAGUUUCACCUAAAGCUGUAUUGAACCGGUCUGAGAAAGAACUGAAAUGGCAUGUUGAUGAGAUUCCACCCAAGGCUCAUCCUGGCAAAUUGAAGGCGAGGUUCCCUGUAGAUAUUAAUGAUGAUGAUGAUGCGGUAGAGCUAGAGCUUGUUGGUUAUGUAAAGUUUUCAUCACAAGGGACUAGAUCUUUGUCUGGCAUUUCUCUGCAGCCGGCUUUAGAGGGGAAGACCGAUUUCUAUGAGGUUGAUCACAGGUAUUCAAGUGGAGUUUACACAUGCAAUUAAGCAUCAAUGAUUUUCUUUUUUUUUUUUUUGUGGUUUGAAAUUGAGUAUCUUUCUGCGUUCUAUCUUUUAACAUGGUGUGAGAUGUCAAAGUAUUUGCAGCUUUCUUUGAAUGUACUAGCAUGUAAUCUCGAUGAUCUGAAUUUUGAGGAAUUCUUUUGUUUAAAUCUUCUGAGUCUCUCUCUUUAUGUAAUGGGUCAAAACAUUUUGAUAUCUGAUAUAUCUUGUCUAAAAAAAGUCUUUUUGUUUA